AUGGCGAGUAACAGAAAAGGAGUCGGGCUUUCGGCCUUUUCACGCAACGCCCUCACUUCAGAUCACUACGCCUCUCAUGGCGCUGCUUUACGUUCUGCACACGCCGACUCUCUGGCAAACCAACUCUCAGUCUUCCAAGCUGCUCUUCAUUCAUUCUCUGUCACUCAUGGCGCUGAAAUCCGUUCGAACCCAACUUUCAGGGCCGAAUUUGCCCGCAUGUGUAAUGCUAUCGGAGUCGACCCACUUGCUAGCUCAAACCACAAGACCUCCAAAGGUAAUAAGAAUGAAGGCGGAAGCUUUUGGUCGCAGAUGCUUGGAGGCAGCGUCAACGACUUCUACUUCGAGCUCGCUGUCAGAGUCGUCGAAGUUUGUCGCGAAACUCGUUCAGAAAAUGGCGGCAUGAUCGAAGUGCCUCAAGUACGAAAACGUGUAGAGAAAGGACGAGGCAUUGGCGGAGGACUUGAAGUGUCUGACGAUGAUAUCCUUCGCGCCGUCAAGUCACUGGAACCCCUUGGUUCUGGUUUCACUGUCAUGAAGAUCGGUUCAAAGCAAAUGAUUCGAUCCGUUCCAAAGGAACUCAACACCGAUCAGUCAACUGUUCUUGAGGCUAUACAAGUACUUGGCUAUGUGACUGUUUCCAUGCUUCAACUCAACCUAGGCUGGGAGCGUGCACGAGCUGUUGCUGUUAUUGACGACCUUGUCGCCGACUCUCUGGUAUGGGUAGAUGCUCAAGCAGACGAGAAGGAAUACUGGAGUCCAGCACUAAUGCAUGAAAUCGGUGGUGAUUGA